CUAUCGCGGUGAGGUACCACAGUGCCAAGACCAGGCUAGUCGAGUCGCAUGGAAUGAUCACCAGCAAAGGGCUGUGUCGGGGCCCGGGGGGGCUGUGUGGCGCAGCUUCGACUCACAUUUCGAAUCUCACCUUCACCAUCAGGCUCCGAGGCUCCUCUCGAAUUUUUGUUUUACACUUUUCAUCCUCCCGAAUAGAUUUUGAAACCGACUUCUCGAGAAGAGCCAAGCCGAGUCAACCCGGCUUCAAGCUUUACCCCUUGUUCCAUAAUUAGUCACGAUGGAUCUCGGCACCGUCCUCACGGUGGUCGAGCUGGUCCAGAAGGCCAUCGCCAUCUAUGAGCGCAUCGACAAUCUUCCCCAACAGAUGGCACAGCUAGGGCGGCGUAUGGAAAACUUAAAUCUCUUCCUCGUCCGCCUUCAGAACUUUCUAGUCGAGACCAGCAAAAACAACAAAAAGUCGAAAACCCAACUGUUGUCCGGACAACUAGACGAUCUCCGCAAGCUCCUGGCGGGGAUAAAGGCCAACGCCGAGACGGUGUACGACCUAUUCGACCGCUACAAGAGCGGGAUCCUGUCACGGUCCAAGGACCUCAAGUUCCGGGCGUCAUGGAUGACCCAGCUGUGGUUUUCCGUCGUGGACAACAGCGCCGACAAGGUCCAGGUCAUCAUGGAGGACAUCGACCAGCAGCGCAGCCUGCUGCGUGACUACCUCGUCCUCAUGGCCGUCGAGAAGGCCUACGAGCCCACGCGGCCGGGCCGGGAGCCGGAGCAAAAACCACCCGGAACCCUAGCAGCACCGACGAAACGCCGGCCCGUGCCCUCCCCCUCCCCCACCCCGCCCCGGCGCGACUACAAGAUCCUCUUCGUCGACCCCUACAACGAAGGCCGCAGCGUAGUCGCCGAGGCGCUCGUCAAACUUCUCGCGCAAAUGACCCAGCGAGCGCGCGGUGGUGGCGACUGGCGGAUUGGGGAGGUGAGCUCGGCGGGGUUCUUCACCAAGCGGCGCAACCAGGCGGUCGAGGCGAUCGACGGGCUGGACUACAGCGAGCGGUCGUUCAAGCUGCCGUGGCGGCCCGGCGGGCAGGCGCCUGACAGCACGGCGCUGGCGGCGGUGUUUGAUAACAAGUGGGCGGAUUUCCCGUUCAAGAAGGACAUCCGCAAGGAGAUGCUGGGCCGCACGUCGCGGGGGGUGCCGAAGGACGUGUUUGCGCGGUUUGAUUUCGUGUUUGUCUUUACGAUUCGCGAGCACGAUAAUAUGGUCAAACUGAAGGAGGCGUUGUUGAGGAAGGAGGGGCCCGGGGCGGUUCCGCGGUGCAAGGGCAGGGUGCUGCAGCUGGGGACGUAUCUGGCGCAGAAACGGGGUCAGGUCCGGGAGAUCCUGAACCCCGUAGAGGGCGGGGAUUCGAAGAAGAACAGGGAGGCUUGGAACCAGCAGGUGUCGGAGAUCAGGACGGCGUUGAAGGGGUUUCUGAAGCAGGAGAUGAGAUGGGUGCCGCCAGACGAUAAGGAUGCUGCUUCAGUGGGAAAGAAAGGGCUCGAGUCUGGGAAGAAGUAGGAGACCGCAUGUGUGUGGUUUCAACGCAAAGUACCUACCUGACGUAUGUACAUAGGUACCACCUAUGUCGACGGAGUAAUCGAGAGUUAUUAAUAACUACCUACAUAACACGCCGCCACGACGUCCACAACUACAUUAACAUAGUCCGUGUAGCACAAAACGUACAUGGAAAGAGGGCGAGAGAUUCUGGGACUAUAAUUAUCAAAUCAC